GGGUAUCGGUGUGAUUUAGAUGUAGACCUUGUGGACUGUUUUGAUGUAACAUUAUAUGCCACUUACUAUAGCAACCAAGUGUAAUUGUGUACCUUUGUUGACUGAAGACCAAUGUUUGUUCAUCCCAUUGUGAAGUUUGAGUCGAUUGCAAUCGGUUCCUGCUGACUUUAUUUUGUUAACUGGGCCUACGUUAAAAGCUUUCUAUUAUUUCGAAACCUCACCGGAAGUGCAUGUGACAUCCGCCGAUCACGUCGUUGCGCCACCGAAGAGCCGUUAAUCGCUACGACCAGAGGACCUAGAUCGACCGUAACAAUCCAGUCCCCGUCGCCCAUGGCCGUUAUUAUUUUCUCUUCAAGGAAACCCACUACUUGUUAAAAAUUCCGCCGAAAAAGAAAAAGCGUUCUGUCCCCUCUUGCGGGUUUUCGUUCAACGUGUACUGUAACUACCCAGAGAACCUAGGGGCGGCCCUUUACAGGGAGCAGUUCGACUUCAACGCCGAGCCACCUUGGGAUCCUAGCUGAUAGUGGACGAGUUGGACUCAUCCAUUUUGUUGCAUAGGCCUAGGACCCAGGGGCUCGAGGGGAGCGAUCACUUUGGACUUGCCGUAUUCUAUAUGCCUGUCUGAUUGUCAAACCACUUUAGCGACGAUGAAGGGAAGCGCUGACGAUCCCCACUAUUCUGUUGGUCUUUUGGAGCCAGACAUGACCGUCAGCGAUGUGAUCGACAAUCACAUCUAUGAACAAACUUUGUCUGAGAAGAAUGCGUUCUUUGUGGCAGACCUCGGAGUUGUGAUCACACAGCAUGUCCGUUGGCGGACCCACAUGGCUGAAAUUCGUCCAUUCUACACUGUCCGCUGCAACAGUAGUCCAGUCAUUAUUGAAGUUUUGGCAGCUCUUGGUACUGGAUUCAUAUGCUCCAACAAGUUUGAACUAGAGCUGGUACAAAGACAUGGCGUUCCCUCUGAUGACAUCAUCUACAGUGGUCUUUGUAAACAGGUUUCUCAGAUAAAGCAUGCUGCCAAGAAUGGCAUUGACUUCUUGGUCUGUGAUAAUGAGGCAGAACUCCGAAAAAUUUCCCGCUGCCAUCCAAAUGCAAAGCUGCUGUUGCAGUUGUCGACUGAAUCGAUGAGCCAGGAAGAUGAGAUGAGCAUGGCGUUUGGCUGCACGCUCAAAGAUUGUCGCCAUCUGCUGGAGCGGGCCAAGGAAUUGGGUGUGCAGGUGGUCGGAGUAAGAUCCCUGAUUUCCAACUCUUGUGUGGAUGACCAUGUGUACAUCGAUGCCAUCACUGAUGCCCGUUGUGUCUUUGACAUGGGGGUGGAAUUUGGCUUCAAUAUGAAAAUUUUGGACAUUGGCUGCAGCUUCAUUGGUUCAGACACUCGACUUCAAAUGCUCAGUGCGGCAGUCACGUCGGUGUUGGACCUUUACUUCCCCCCUUCCACUGGCAUUACCGUCAUCGCUGAACAUGGCAGCUACUUCGUGUCCUCAGCGUUCACUCUUGCUGUCAGCAUUAUCUCCAAAGAUGAAGUGGCUCCAGAGCAACCACAUGAUGAUCCCCCACUCAACGAUGAGCCAGAGUUCCAGUACUACAUGAAUGAGGGCGUGUACGGGUCGUUUGCAGGCAAACUCACCGAAACACGGAUUGCUGCUCCUUCUGCGCGGAAGAAUUUGGCUCCUGAUGCCCCACAGUACACCAGCAGUUUGUGGGGGCCGUCUGGUGACGACCUGGACCAGGUGGUUGAGCGCUGUCAGCUGCCAGAGCUCAGCGUUGGAGACUGGCUCGUGUUCAGCCACGCAGGAACGUAUGGGUUGGGUCAGCCGCUCUCCAUCGACUCUCCUCCCCCUCCGGUCUUCCAUGUCAUUUCCUCCAGAGAUUGGUGUGAGAUCCAGGGCACUGGUGUCACACAGGAGACCACACUCAAGAACUGCUCCUUGGUUCCUUAUUUUCUGAAGUCCUCUCACACUAAAGCAACGCUCUCUGUCCCAGUCUAACCGUUUUCACAUGAGCUGGUUUUCUAUCCGCCAUGACGGGACAGAUUUUACCUGUGAUGGUUUUUGUCUUUGUGUCCAGCAUGAAUUCAUCGUACACUCAAAAAUGGCCAGGCUGUGUUCAUUAGGUAGUAUGCAACAAAAUGGAUGACACCUCAACCCUUAGCUGUGCAGUUAAACCCAUGCAGUACAUAUAGAACAUUACCAGUGAUAAUAUAAAAAAAAACCAACUGUAUUUAUCUAGUGUCAAUUAGUGUUUCGACUGUCAAUGAAAGAACACAAGACAUGUAUGUACCAUUUCUUCAUAGAUUGUUUUUGUGUAUUUAUGGUUUUAAAUAUUGUUUUGUUUUAUGUGAUUACAGUGCAAGUCAUAUUUACAUGAAGUUCCCCAGGUUUGUAUUAAAAAAAAAAGAAAAAUAUGUCAAAAAUGUUGCAGAUCUGGUGGAUAAAAGUGCUGCGUCGUUGAUGGGUCUUCAAGUUGAACCCAGAGAGACAGAUGGUCACUAUUUAUUGUGUUGUUAUAACAGUAUUUUGAGCAUUUAUGAUCGCAUGGAAGCAAUAUGCCAACUUGACUGAAACAUUUCUGUGAAGGUGUCCCAAAAGCUAUUUAAGUGAUGUGUGUAGACCGUGACAUCAUUGUGCUUCUUCCAAGUGAACCAUAAUAAACUCAUCAUUGUCCA